UUUUUAAAGAAAAGAGGCAGGAAGGAAGGCCAGACAGAUUUUUGUCGUUAGCUCUGUUACUCCUCGCUAGGGGCAGAUGGUCAGGUCAGGGUAACACAAGACAGUUUGGGUAUUAGAUAUGAUCAGUCCCUCCCCACAGUCAGUGUACUUGCUCUGGCCCUAGAACCCAUUUGGUUUUUCCCUUUAGUCGGGUCUGGGAGCCAAGGGAGGAAGUCACAUCACCCUGCCCCUUUGCUAAAGAGCCAGUGACCCUGAGGGCUGCCUGUGUUUUCUAGCCGCAGUUGGGUUCCUAGCCGUGUCCAGUGUCAUCACCAUGUCGGCUCCCUUCUUCCUGGGGAAGAUCAUCGACGUCAUUUACACAAACCCCGCCGUGGACCAGAGCAGCAGCCUAACCCGCCUCUGCCUGGGACUCAGCGGCGUGUUCCUGUGUGGCGCUGCGGCCAACGCGGUUCGUGUCUACCUCAUGCAGACUUCAGGUCAGCGCAUCGUGAAUAGGCUGAGAGCUGCCUUAUUCUCCUCCGUUCUGAGGCAGGAGGUCGCUUUCUUCGACAAGACUCGCACAGGAGAAUUGAUUAACCGCCUCUCCUCAGACACUGCGCUCCUGGGGCGCUCAGUGACGGAAAACCUCUCAGAUGGGCUCAGGGCGGGGGCCCAGGCUUCUGUCGGUAUUGGCAUGAUGUUUUUUGUCUCACCCCAUCUGGCCACUUUUGUUUUGAGUGUGGUGCCUCCAAUAUCCAUCCUUGCUGUGAUUUAUGGACGAUAUCUACGGAAACUGACCAAAGUCACUCAGGAUUCCCUGGCACAAGCCACUCAGCUAGCUGAGGAACGGAUUGGAAACAUAAGGACUGUUCGAGCUUUUGGGAAAGAAACGACUGAAAUAGAGAAAUACGCCAGCAAAGUGGACUUUGUGAUGCAGUUAGCGAGGAAGGAGGCGUUGGCUCGGGCCGGCUUCUUCGGAGCAACGGGGCUCUCCGGGAACCUGAUUGUGCUUUCUGUCCUGUACAAAGGAGGGCUGCUGAUGGGCAGUGCCCACAUGACAGUGGGUGAACUCUCUUCCUUCCUAAUGUAUGCUUUCUGGGUUGGACUGAGCAUUGGAGGGCUGAGCUCUUUCUAUUCGGAGCUGAUGAAAGGACUGGGUGCCGGGGGACGCCUCUGGGAGCUCCUCGAGAGAAAGCCUGAGCUUCCUUUCAAUGAGGGGCUGGUCUUGAAUGAGAAAAGCUUCCAAGGUGCUCUGGAGUUUAAGAAUGUGCACUUUACCUACCCGGCUCGCCCAGAGGUGCCCAUAUUCCAGGACUUCAGCCUCUCUAUCCCGUCAGGAUCUGUCACAGCACUGGUUGGCCCAAGUGGUUCUGGCAAAUCCACGGUGGUUUCCCUCCUGCUGAGGCUGUAUGACCCCAUUUCCGGAACGAUCAGUCUUGAUGGUCAUGAUAUCCGUCAGCUAAAUCCAGUCUGGCUGAGAUCCAAGAUUGGGACAGUGAGUCAGGAGCCGAUUUUGUUUUCUUGCUCAAUUGCUGAGAACAUUGCUUAUGGUGCAGAUGACCCUUCCUUGGUGACUGCCGAGCAGGUGGAGAAAGUGGCUGAAGUGGCCAACGCAACUGCUUUCAUCCGAAAUUUCCCUCACGGAUUCAACACUAUGGUGGGAGAAAAGGGCGUGCUCCUCUCAGGUGGGCAGAAACAGCGGAUUGCCAUUGCCCGUGCUCUGCUUAAGAAUCCCAAAAUUCUCCUCCUUGACGAAGCAACCAGUGCGUUGGAUGCUGAGAACGAGCACCUUGUGCAGGAAGCUCUGGACCGACUGAUGGAAGGAAGAACAGUGAUGAUCAUUGCCCACCGUCUGUCCACCAUCAAGAAUGCUAACGUGGUGGCUGUUCUCGACCAAGGAAGAAUCACCGAGUGCGGGAAGCACGAAGAGCUGCUUUCGAAACCAGACGGGAUCUACAGAAAAUUAAUGAACAAACAGAGUUUCAUUUCAGCAGAAAGAAGCAGUUACUGAGUAGGAGAGACUAAAGCAAGACAGCGUUGCAGGCGAUUUUUUAGGGGUGGUAUGGAAUCUAAAUCAUACUUCAAGUUAUUUGAAAUAUGCCUAUUUUUCCCAAAGUAUAUAAACUAUUGUUUCAAGAUGUACCUGUUCUCAAGGCCUUUUUAUUCAGAGUUUUAGUAAUUAUAACUUUCUAAAUGUCUAUAGCACUGAAGUUAUUUUCAGGUUUUGUACUUUAUUUUAUCUUGGAAUAUUUUAAUAUAGCAUGACACCUCAUUUUUUUUACUGCUGUUAUAGAUUGAAGCUAUUGUCGAAUGACAACCUUUAAAAGGGAAUUAUAAAUUUAAAAGCCUAGUUAUUUUAGGCCGGUUAGCCAGUCACUGUGUGGUUCGCGUGGUGUUCUACCCGCUGUGGGUCGGGUGUUACUAGGAAGCGCGAGGGAUGCGAGUCUAAGCGUUCAUCUCACCCUCGUCCUCCUGUGGCGUGAACCCAAGCACUACGCUCACAAGCCAUUCAUGUCACACGCGAGAAGGGAACGUCUGCGUUCUCGGUCUCCUGUGUCGUCAAGGGUGUGCGAGUUGGGGAGUGUGUGUCCCUCCGGAUGAGAGCUGUUUGGAUGUGUGUGGUUUUUAACAUUUUUGGCCCAUGAGCACCUGAUGCGUUUUGAAAGGGGAAGCAGCAGCCCCGCCUUUGGUAGGAAGCCUCGAUUCCCGUUUCUCACACGCUACUUUCUAUGAGCCUGGAAAGUGAGGCGUGAACUGCCAGCUAUUAUCAAGAAAGAUGCAAAAAUGAAUUUUACAUUACAUUGUCUAAGGCAUGUCCUGAAAGUUAUAUUUUAAAAAUGUACAGUCCCUAAUCCAAAUUUUACAGCCUUUAUUCAGUUAUUUAAAUACUUUUGAAAUUUCUUUAAUGAGGCUAAAAUUUGAAUCAUAUAACUGAUUUCAACCUUAAAACAUUUGAAGAAAGUUUAGAAGUUCUCGCUGUUCUACAGAAUAUCAAGAAACCUUAAGAACUUGCCAGUCUUCUGAAAAGAGGACAUUCAUAAUCCUUUUCCUUUACUUACAGUUUUAUUCACCUAAAUGCCUCAAAGUCCUUCAAGCAGUGCUGACAACUAGGUUUGCCAUGUUUCAUGUCAGUGGUGGUAAUUUGCUGUUGCCUCAAGAAAAAGUGCUUUCUCGGCAUCGAUGAUGCCAGACCUAAGAAGUAACUGUGUCGACAUAAUUAAAAUGGAAGUUUCCUCCUGUGCUAAGUAAUCAUUAGGUCCCCGCUUAGACUGGAAGAAGAAACCACUAUUUCGCAUGGAGUAAUAUAUUUCAUUCUACGUAAGGGGAUUUAUUCACGAAUAAAAGAACUGUGUUUUUUGAAUCAGUAAACAGUGCGCCUGUGACCAUCAUUUUAACCAACUUUACUUGUAGUCUUUACGCAGUUUGCUCUUCUGGUUUGGUUCACAGGAAGCAAACAGCACAGUGACACCGCUGGACCUGAGGGAAAUCUCUUUGUGCCAUAGAAAGAUUUACAGAUUUGAAUUUAAUCAUUAUGUGUCAUUUCCUCAUGCAAGAUGUUCAGUGUGUCUUUGGGUAACAUUUAUAUCAUGGAUUAAAAUUUAUAGUGAACUUUA